AGACAGUUGGCAAUCGACCUCAACAGCAUCGUCACAUCAGAGUCAUUUUUUUUCUUUCUGUUGUGAAAAUCCUGAAGAAAAGGCAGACAUGAGUCUCUCUGGGAAAGACAAGCGCGUGGUGAUGGAAAUCUGGGAAAAAGUGGCUCCAAAGUCUGCUGAAAUUGGAGCAGAGGCUCUGGGCAGGAUGCUGGUUGUUAACCCACAGACUAAGACCUACUUCACCCACUGGGUGGACCUGACUCCUGAAUCCACACAGGUGAGGAAGCAUGGAGCCACCAUCAUGGCGGCUAUUGGAGAAGCUGUGGGACUAAUGGAUGAUCUUCCAGGAGCCCUCACCAAACUCAGCGAGCUGCAUGCCUUCAAGCUCAGAGUGGACCCUGCCAACUUCAAGAUCCUGGCCCACAACAUCAUCCUGGUCAUGGCCAUGUACUUCCCCAAUGACUUCACUGCUGAGGUGCACGUCUCCGUAGACAAGUUCCUGCAGAACUUGGCUCUGGCUCUGUCCGAGAGAUACCGUUAAAAUGCAGUGAGGAGCGACUGCAUGUUGACCACAUAUGUCUGCACAGCAAUGUCUAAAUGUCUUCUUUUUUUUUUUUAAAGAAAGGCCUUGGUAAAUAAAUGAAAUAAAUGUGAAAUAUCCAAA